AUGUCUUUGCUCUGGAAUGUGGGGGUUGCUGCCUUGCUGGCUGUACUUUGGACGGCCAGUGAAGCUGUCCGUCGCCUUUAUUUCCACCCUCUAGCCCAUAUUCCCGGUCCUCGUCUUGCAGCUCUGACAUGGUGGUAUGAAUUCUAUUUUGACGUUAUUCGGCCCGGUCAAUACGUAUUCAAGAUACAGGAGCUUCACACAAGAUAUGGCCCAAUCAUCCGUAUUACCCCAGACGAGGUUCAUGUCAAUGACGUCGGAUUUUUGGACACUAUUUACGCCCCUUCGAUGAUCAGAAGGGACAAGUAUGGCUAUCAGCUGAGGAGCCUUCGCGUCCCAGGUGGACUGGGCACAACCACCGACCAUGACCUCCAUAAAGUCCGGCGAGAGUCACUUACACCCUUCUUCAGCAAGAAGAACAUUCAGUACAUGGAGGGGUUGAUCACAGACAAGGUCGACCAGUUGAAGCAGUUGAUAUCCACCCAUGCAGCCAGAGACACACCAGUCAACUUGUCAGAUGUCUUUUUAGCAUUCUCAAAUGAUGUUGUCAACAACUUCCUCUUUGCGCACCGAACAGAUGUACUUGCAAGCGAACCGAAAGCCGCCACCCUCCGCCAAAACAGCAAAGAGCUCUUGAUGGGGAUCAAUAUCAACAAGCACUUUCCGCAAAUCCCCGAUCUCCUGGAGUCGCUCCCAAUGUCCAUAAGCCGCCCAGUGAUGCCUCCAGGCCUUAUUGAUUUGCUUGCCCUAUUUGACCGGGUUCGUGAGGAGAUUUUCAUGAUCAAGAAGGACAAAGAAUCAUCAGUGACUCACAAGAAGAACAUUGGACCGACAGGUAAAGCGUCAGUAUUUGAUUCAUUAGUGGACAACCCAAACCUGCCAGCCUCAGAGAAAACGCUCCUGCGGUUACAACAAGAAGGAGCCCUUCUAGUUCUAGCGGGAACCGAAUCGCCAGCUCAGACACUCAACAUCAUAUUCUAUCAUCUCCUUGCCAACCCCGCACUUCUCGAGAAGCUUCGCAGGGAGCUCCGUGCCGUCCCUGUACCUUCUUCAUGGACCCAACUCGAGCAACUUCCGUAUCUAUCCGCAGUAAUCGAGGAAGGCAAUCGGCUUUCUUUCGGCGUCACGGCUCGGUCCGCACGUAUCGCUUAUGAGCCGCUGACCUAUAAGCCUUCCGCGCACGUCUCCUCGACCUGUCCGCCCAGCACCAGAAGCAAGUCGUACAUAAUCCCAGCAGGCACUCCGGUGUGCACCACGACUCUGAGUGCGCACACUGCGGACACCGUCUUUCCGGAUCCUUUCGUCUUUGACCCGGAACGUUGGAUCGGCGAUGCUGGGAAGGAGCGACGGAGGUUUCAAAUGGCGUUCAAUAAGGGAGGGCGACGGUGCCUUGGGAUUGAACUCGCGCGUGCGGAGCUGUAUCAUGUGGUCGCGGCCCUGGUUCGAGAGUUCGACAUGGCCCUAUUUGAAACAGACGCCGACGAUGUGGCAUUUAUGUAUGAUUACCAGGUUGCCAUGCCGAAGAUGGGUUCUAAAGGGGUGAGAAUUAUGGCGAAAUUGGCUCAUUGA